AUGUCUUAUUCACAUGCAAGUGAAAAUUCAUUUUUUAGUGUUAACACUCAUCAAGGGCCUGAGUUUCCAGAGGAGAUGAGGAAUUACAAUCCAGAACAAGAUGUGCCGCCAAAUAUGAUCUAUAGACUCCACAUGCGGGUCCUCAAUAAACAGAUCUCAGCCGCAGCAGAGGAGGCUCAAGCAGAAAGAAACAAUACUCACAUGUAUUGGAAUGAGCUUCAUGAGAUGUUUCCAGAGACAAUGAGAGCAGAUGGGCAUAAAAAUAGAAGAUGCACCAGGUUGACAGCAGCGUUUCUGAAUAGAACAAGGUCUUAUUACGCUCUUAUUGAGGAAGAAUGGGUAAAUGACGGCUUCAGAAUCACGAUGGAUGGGGAUAAGGGUCUUCAUGCAAUGGAUAUUGAUUCGCCCCCAAGUGAGGAUGAUGAAGACCACAAUGAUGACCAAAAUGAUGAAGAAGAGAAUCAUGAGGAUCCCGAUGGUCCAGAGGACUCGGACAAUGGACCACCAGAUGAUGGCCGAGAGGAGGACCAAGAGGACAUGGAGGUAGAGAACAGAUUUGAUAAUGGUUCUAUCAACGACGGAGGCCCUCAUGAAAAUGGUUUCCAUGAAGGAUCUGCAGCCUCCUCUCCACUAGGCUCUGCGGCUAGAGGUAACUCACCCAAUAGUGUGCUCUCUUUUCCUUCUUUUACUAUAUUACAUGGUGAUGGAGACAUGUUGCCUAAUCACAAUCCGCUAGAACUAACAAAGGCAAACUUCUCACCUUUAAGUAACCUGAUACCUACUGAGGAUCAAUCUCACGAGACUAAUGGUUUGGAGAAUUUUGGUGGUGUUGUUUCAUAUGUUGACCCUUCUGUGUUAGUUAAUAGUGAGAUUCCUGGUAAUUCAAAUGUAUUGUCAGUGGAGGAACAUAGUGUUGAUGUACCGUCUCCUGGUAUAGGGGAUUUAAACACUAAAGAUGAGGAUAGGAAGUUCAGUGUAGGUACCAUGGAUAGCCUCCCUGCGUGGUGGAGAUCAUGGGGUUUCUUCGACUAA